AUGUCUCUGGAGCUACAGGCUCUGCAGUCGGUAGGUGUCGUCUCGUUUGCAGCUUUUCUUCUCUUCGUUGACCUCCUCGACUUCCCCUUCCCAUCGGCCCGCACCCCCUCCUCCCAGCUUCUCCUGGACGGCUGUCGCCGCUGCUACUGGAUGACCUGGGAGCCCUCCUCUUGCAUUUGCAGCUUCCACUCCCAUCAUUUCCCUUCUCCACCCCCACCUGCCCAUCCGCCCUUUCACCCACCUCUCAGCUCCUUCUGGACGGCUGCAGCCGCUGCUACUGGAUGGCCUGGGAACCCUCCUCUGUCGCACAGACUGCAAUACCCCUGCUCUUCCCGCUUUCCCCCAACCCAUCAGCUCCUUCUGGACGGCUGCCGCCGCUGCUACUGGAUGACCUGGGAGCCCUCCUCUGUGCGCCUCUGCACUGCCAGCUGGAGCCCUACUACCCGCCAGGCUGCAGAAGCGAAGGGAGAAAGGGUGAAGGCAGGAGAAGCAGCAGCAGGAGGAGUGGGAGCACUGGUGAUGGGAGGGGCAGGAGAAGCGGGAGGGGCAGGGAGUGGGGAGUGGAGGAGGGAGGAGAUGCAGGAGGAGCGGAUGGGGCUGAUGGGGGAGGUGAAUUGCAUGGUGAAUGCGGUGAUGGGGGCGCUGGAGAAGCUGGUGUGUGCUGGCGUGGGGCUCGAUGUGAUGGGCGCAGACAUGCGCGCUCUUGUUGCCUUUGCUCUCCAGUGCCCGCAGCCCAACCAGGUGGCUCGAGUGCUGCUGCUGCUCUACCGCCUCAUGUCUCAGCCCAACAGCAGCAGAGCAUCAGCCUUCAUGGUGCAGUUCCUCGCAUCAGGGGGGGCAGAGAUGCUUCUGGCACUGCUGCUGCGAGAAACCCAGUAUGGGGAGACCUACCCGGUCAGUUUCCCGGCCAAAUCCGGCAGUCGACCAAUCAGAAGGCGUCUGAUUCCUAUUCCGGGCGGCGAAGACCUUGGAGUUGGGGAUGGGGAGGGGAGAGGGGGAGUGGAAGGGGGCAAGGGGGAAGAGUUGGGGGGUAAGGGUGAGGGUGAGGAGGAAGGUGCACGGAAGGUUCUGGUGUUUGAGGAUGGGAAGGGAGGGGCGGUUGAGGGGCAAGUGGGGGAGGAGAGCAAGGGAGAAGAUUUGAACGAGGGAGGGGAGAUGGCAGAGAGUGGGGGGAAGGAAGGUGAGGAUAGGGGUGAAGGAGAGAGGGAAGGACAGCAGGAGAAGGGUGAGGACAGUGAAAAAGCUUGUGGGAAAGAUUCGACGAAGGAGGGUGAAUCUGGGGAAGGUAUAUCUGAGGAGAGGGAAAAGAAAGAGGAUGUUUCUGAGAAGGAGAGUGAGGGGAAGGAGGAGGAGAAAAAGGAAGAGGAGAAGAAGGAAGAGGAAGAGAGCAAGAGUAAGCCGAAGCAAGAGGCGACAAAGGGGGGAGGCGUGUGGGAUCUGAGCACUUGGAACGUGUUUCUGGAGCCUCUUGGGUUGAAGGUUGGCUCGAUUGACGAUAAGAAAACUGAGGCAGAGAAACCGGACUCAGCAGCAGGCAAAGAGGGCGGGGAGAGAGGCUCAAGGGCAGCAGCAGGAGCAGCAGCAGCAGCAGGGGCAGCAGGAACAGGAAACAGGAGAAGCUCUAGUGGGCUAUCCCAGGAUGCAGGAGGUGGGGAGCAGUCAGGAGCGGGCAAAGAGCAGGAGAGGGGUAUGGAAGAAGGUGAGGAGGAGGAUGGGGAGGAGGACACGAGGAGGGGAGUAGCGGAGGUAGCAGCAGUGGUGCAGCGGCUCAGGGCGAAGCAGGUGUAUGAGGACGACGCAGAGGAGAGUGCGGUGCAGGUGACAAAGGAAGGGAUGGCCGUGCUUGCUCCCUGGGUGUGUGUGUCUGUGCCCCGCUUGGCCCGGACCGGCCCUGCGUCUGGUUCUUCCCUUGUGAAAUCUGCCUCCAGUCAUGCGAGCGGCGGUGCCGGUGCUGGUGCUGCUGCUGUGGCGGCGGCGGCUGCUGCUGUUGCGAAAGUUGCAAGUAGGGAUGGGGGAGGCGGCAGCAGGGGUAUUGGCGCCAGCAGCAGUGCGGGUAGCAGUGGCACAGUUGUUAAGAGUGGCAGUGGUCAUGCCUCUGCUGGUAGGGCUGAGGGAAGGGUUGCAUUCAGAUCAUCAUCCUCUCAUGGCGCUCCCACCACCACAGGAGGAUCUGCUGCCGCUGCUGCUGCAGCUGCUGCUGCUGCUGCUGGGGGGUUGGGAGCGGUGGUGACGGAGAGGGCAGGGAAGGACCGCAGUAAUGUGGGUGCGUGGGCGGUGUAUGGGGUGCAGAGGGCGCUGCAGGUGGCGCCUGGGAGGCUGUUCACGCCUGCUGUGUACCAUGCUCUCAUGACUGCUGUGCUGCGAUGCAAGGCCGUCGAUUCUCCCUCCGCCCUCCUCCCCCCGUCCACCUUCAUAGCGCCCUGGGAGCAGCAGCUGCUACUAGCGCUCCUCCGCGCGCUGCCCUCUGCCGCGCCGCACACUCAGCUCGCAGUGCUCCAGGACCUGCUGCUGCUGUUCUCCCUCAACCCCGCCAACACACGCCUCCUCACCCACUCCCCUGAGUGGCCCGAGUGGCUGCUCGAGAUCCUGCUGGCAAACCUCGAGGCCUUGCCUGCAACAGGCUCCCUCCAACCCACAGCAACGCAAGUCGAUGAGAAGGAGAGCACUGGAGGUGGCAGCGAUGGGGACUCGCGUGCAGUGCGCAGCAGCACAAGCGUGCAGGAGGAUGUGAAUGAGCUCAUCUUCAGCUUCCUGGGAAUAGUUUUUGAGCACUGCUUGACAGUCAAGCAGGGGUGGAAGGUCCUGGAGGCCUCCUUUCAGUGCCUGCUGUGGAAGGCACUCAUUGGGGGAAGCAGCGUGGGAGAGCAGCUAAAAAGGAGGCAAGCAGCAAUGGUAACCAUCCAUCGCAGGCUGUUACACGAAGCUCUGGACUUCACCGCCUCGCACCUCCCCGCAAACCCUCCUGCUCCUCCAAACCCCUCUCAACCCCACUCUCUCUCCUCCCCUCCGCCCUCUUCCUCUGCCCUAGACAUGCUCUCUCCACGCUCUUCCACCACCCCUGCUACUGCCGCCUUGCCUACCACUGCCUCUCCUGCUGCUGCUGCUGCUGCUGCUGCUGCUGCUGCUGCUGCUGCUGCUACUGCUGCUGCUGCUGCUGCCCCAACUGCUGCUGCCCCAACUGCUGCUGCUGCUGCUGCUGCCACCUGCCUGUUAGAAAACGCAGUGGCACUGCUGAUGCUGCUGGAAGAGUUUCUACGCAUGCAGGCUGAGAAGAAGAUUAGCGUGGGGGAGGGCGAGGAGGAAGAGGAAGGGGAGGAGGAGAGUGGGGAUGGCCUGGUGGAGGGUCAGAGGGUGGACAGGGAUGGAGUGCGCCAGACAGACCCUCCCACUGCAGAUGCUACAGCUGCUAUAGCCGAUUCGCCUGCUACAGCUGCUGCAGAUUCUGCCUCUAAUGGUUUCGGGUGGGUGGCCGAGUUCCCUCUCAUCGAUCUCAGCGCAGAAACCCUCCCUUCCACUGCUGUCACUGUCACUGUCACCACCUCCGCAGCAGCACCCACUUCCAGCCCAGCGGCAGGAGCAGCCGUGCACGAAUCAUUAUCAGCACCCGCAGCAGUGCCGGCAGCAGCAGCAGCUGGGAUGCAUUUUGAUCUGCUCACCGGCUCCUUCUCUCCCUCCAAUCUACCCCUGCACCCCACCGUCUCGCCUCCUCUAGCCCCCCUGUCAUCCCCACCAGGAUCAGCCUCCCUUAUUUCCCUAGACAGCCCCCAACAAGAGCGGCAGGAGCGGCGGCUACAGACACAUGCAUCGCCAUCAGGCCUCGGGUCAGCAAUAGAGAGGAACCGCAAGAAGCACAAACCAAGGCGGUUCAAAGCCGUCCAAUCUGCCUUAGCUAGCUACGGAUCUAUUGUCCAAUCCCUGCCCGACAGCUGGCGCCGCCGGUCCCGGCUGUGGUUUGGAGAGGGUGUGGGGGAGGAAGGGGAGGAGGCAGUGGGGUGGGGGGGUGAGGGAGGAGGGAAGGGGGGGAAGGGAGGGGAGGCGGGUGGUAGUGAGGAGGGGAGCAGAGCAGAGGUGUCUGCUUUAGAGCGAGUGUUAUUAGAGCUUGCUGAACCUAUAGUGGAGGAUGAGGAGGAGGAUGAGGCAGGGGGAUGGGUAGACCUACGCCUAGUGCUAAAGGGUGUGACUAUAUUGAAGGGUAUGCUUCUAGAGAAGGAGGGGGUGGGAGCAGCGGAGUCUGGCGUUUUGGCUGUGCUGGGAGGGGUGGGGGCAGGAAUGAGCGAGGCUCUUAAAGGGAUAUUGGAUGAUGAUCAAUCGCUUGUGACUAUAUUGAGGGUGGUGUUGGUGGCGGCUAGGGAGACGGAUGGGGGGGAGAUGGGUGGAGAGCUGAUUAGGAAAGGAGUUCAGGAGGGGGAGGAAGUUACAGAGAAGGUUCUGAGCUCCUUGCUGUGGAGAAUUCUCGCGCCCCUCCUCACCACCUCUCGCCUCGACCAGCGCCAGAACUGCGCUCUCUCUGUUGCUGCCAUUCUGCACACCGAGGUAUGUGACGACCACAGAGGUAUGGGCCGUAACUCGUUCCCCUCCCCCCCACCCUCUGCCAGAUCAUCCAUUCAAUCGAUCGAGAUCGCACCAUACUGCGCCCCACCUGUCUCUCCCUCCUCCUCCCGCCCUUCACCGCCCUCCUCCGCAAGUGGCGCCCGUCCCUACGCCAGAUCAUCUCUGAAUGUGUUAUCCCUAUCCCCUCUCCCCCUCCCCUCCCCCCACACCUCGCCAGAUCAUCCAUUCAAUCGAUCGAGACCGCACUAUCCUGCGCCCCACCUUCCUCUCCCUCCUCCUCCCCCCCUUCACCGCCCUUCUCCGCAAGUGGCGCCCGUCCCUCCGCUGCCUCCGCCUCCUCUCAGACCACACAGGCGCUUCCCCUUUCUCACACCCCAACACCCCCUUUUCAAUAAGCAUGGGCAAUUCCCUUUUCACCCUUCCUCACCCCAAAACAUGCUUUCUCCUCUUUCCCCUCCCACCCUUCCCCAGAUCAUCCAUUCAAUCGAUCGAGAUCGCACCAUCCUGCGCCCCACCUUCCUUGCCCUCCUCCUCCCCCGCUUCAAAGCCAUCCUCCGCAAGUGGCGCCCAGCCCUCUGCCAGAUCAUCUCUGAAUUGGCGCCCAUCCCUGCGCUGCCUCCGCCUCCUCUCAGACCACACGGGCGCCUCCCCCCUCUCACACCCGAACAACCCCUUUUCAAUGAACAUGGGAUGGGCAAAUCCCUUUUCACCCUAAACUUGCUUUCUCCUCUUUCCCCUCCCACCCUCCCCCAGAUCAUCCACUCUAUCGAUCGCGAUCGCACCAUCCUGCGCCCCACCUUCCUCUCCCUCCUCCUCCCGCCCUUCACCGCCCUCCUCCGCAAGUGGCGCCCAUCCCUGCGCUGCCUCCGCCUCCUCUCAGACCACACAGGCGCUUCCCCCUUCUCAGACCCCAACACCCCGGCACUUGCCACCGACGCCAGCCCUACCGAGGCUGCUCUUGCGUUUCUCUCUCCGGUGUGGGUCGCUGCGUUUGCCUCGCCGCCUGCUGCUGUCUGCCUGGCCGCCACUGCUGCUGCCACAGGCCCUGCGGCUGCUCAUGGCUCGGGUAGGAGCUGGAACAGCAGCAGCAGGAGCAGCAUCGGCGGUGGUGGCGGUGUGGGUGGUGCAUUUUUCGGUGCUGGUGCUGCUGCUGGAAGGAUGGGGCAAGAGAGGAAGCUGGGGCACAUGGAUCGGCUGUACGGGCUGACAGAUGGCAGGCCGGGAGUGGACGGAGUUCCCGAGGCCGCCACGUCAGCGAAGCGGCGGGAGAAGGGGGACAUUCUGAGGUCUGGGCGGUGGAGCCUGUGGGAUUCGCUGGAAGGCGCGUGGGUAGAUGUGAUUGGUCUCAAACACCCUGCUCUCAAGCUCUCUAGUCUCCUGCACUCCUCUCUUGCCAAGGGCAGCAGCAGCAACAGCAGCAGCAGCAGCAGCAGCAGCAGCGGCAGCGGUGUGAGCAGUAUCAAGGAGUGGGAUGAGGUGGAGAUGCGGUACAACAUCUCUCUGGGACCCAGAGUGGGGGGGCUGCAGCUCUACCUCUCGUCUCUGCUCGACCUCCUCGACUCACAGGUCAGUCAGCCUCCCCCAGCAGAGAAUGAGCUCUACCUCUCCUCUCUGCACGACCUGCUCGACUCACAGGUCAGCCUCCCUCAACUGUCAUCUACACCAGCGUUUACCUCCCUCUGGGUCACAGCUUACCUCCCUGAGUCACACCUGAGUCACAGCCUCCCUGGGUCACAGACUCACAGCCUCCCUGAGUCACAGCCUCCCUGGGUCACAGCCUCCCUGGGUCACAGCCUCCCUGGGUCACAGCCUCCCUGGGUCACAGCCUCCCUGGGUCACAGCCUCCCUGGACCCUGCAAGAAGCAAAGCUUCACUCACCCAUUGUCAAGGCUCGGGCGGCAGGAGCGUGCAUGUGGCGCUCUCUCAUUCGCCAGCUGCUCAAGUCUGGGCGGCUGUGUGGCGCUCGGGCAAGCCAUGAGGAAUUCCGCCAAUCACCAGUGA